GGACAAAUGGGACUGUGAGGGUUGACGGGCAAAUUGUGCAUAGUGUAUGUUUUGUUCAUAUAUAUUUGGUUACUUAGGGACUGGUUUUGGUUCAUAGGAGUUGUAUUAUAGCCAUGGGGACAUUCAAUCACUAUGUUAUUGUUAAGUUCAACGAUGGUGUGGCAGUUGAAGAGCUCGUCCAAGGCUUGGAGAAGAUGAUCUCUGGGAUUGAGCAUGUCAAGUCCUUUGAAUGGGGAAAGGACAUUGAAAGCCACGAUAUGCUGAGACAAGGUUUCACUCAUGCCUUCUUGAUGACAUUCAACGGGAAAGAGGACUUUAAUGCAUUUCAGAAUCAUCCAAAUCAUAUUGAGUUCUCAAAAAUAUUUUCACCUGCUGUUGACAAGAUUGUGGUCCUGGAUUUCCCAUCUAACCUUGUCAAAGCACCAGCAUAAUCCUAAAGAUAUUCAAGCAAUUUGAAGUUUCUAUCUUUAAAGUGUUCGCAAGUGUGUGCAUCCUCUAUUUGUAGUCUGUUAUGGGUUGUUCCUACUGGUUCUCUUGCAAUUUCAACUUCUAAAGCUCUUUCUUUUUCUUUUCUUUUUUAGUGUUAAUACUAGUUCUUUACCAGUCUCUACUACUAUGAGUACCAUCAUAUUCAUAUAUAUAACAGCACAA